AUGUUCAACAUCUCAAACAUUCUUCAAGCAUCGUCCAUCAAGCCUGGUAGGUUUGAUUUUUCAUUUUAUAUUCAAAAUUCAAAUUUGGCAUAAACUUAAAAUUUUUUCUAUUUUUUUAUUUUUAACAAAUUUAUUUACUUUUUUGUUUGUUUUACCACGCCAAGAAGCAAAAAGUAGCAAUACCCAAGCCAAGUUUAAAUUGUCUUUGAUUUCACCGCUCCUUGAGGUAUUUGGUUGAGGUAUAUUACUGAUGUAAUAGCGAUCGCUUUUAUGUUAUUUACACCCAAUUAAUGUAAUCCCACACCUCUCUUUGUCGGCUCAGUUCAUCAAAGGGCUUUGCUUAAUAUGUGAUACGCUUUGUAUUCAUGAUCUGUUCAAAUUUACCUUAUACUUUAGAUACACUUACUUGAUCGGUUUGUUCAAGUUGUAGUUCUUUUGGUGGUAAAAAGAUUGUUCUAAACAUAAAUGAUUAGAAUUUUUUUUAAAUUUAACAUUUUAGUUUCGUCUUAAAAUGGCAAAAAGUUAACGAAAACUUGAUUUAAUUGCCAAUAAGAGCUUGACUUUGCCUACUUUUAAAUAAACUUUAUAUUAUUUUUUUUAAAUUGAUUAAUAUUUAAAAAAACGUAAAAAUACUUUCUUUUUCAGACUGCACAGAACACAGUCCGACGACUUCUGAAGAGUACAACAUGUCGUUGAACAUCUCUGCCGACCAAGCCUCGAACCUUGACAACUCGGCCUCACCUCACGCGGAAUCUGAAGCUGACACAAUGGCUACAUCACCAGGACAAUCAGAUUCAGCGGAAGAACCCAGCUUCCUAGGAGACGACUAUGCCAAUAUGGAAGCGGCCAAGGUUGAUAAGGAUGGAAAGCCAAAGUUCAGUUAUAAUGCCUUGAUAACAAUGGCACUAAGGGACAGUGCUGACGAGAAGUUAACUUUGAAUGGCAUUUAUGAGUAUAUCAUGGACCGGUUUCCAUUCUAUAGGUAGGUUUAGACAAUAGUCAAGUUAUAAUUAUUAAAUUCGACCAACCUGUUCGUUAUUUAACAUUAGCUAGCCCUAUUUACCAUAUAAUGUCAUUUCUUAUUAUGAGAAGUCAUCAUUAUCAAUAUUUUAGGAACAACAAACGAGGAUGGCAGAACAGUAUCAGACACAACCUCUCCUUGAACAAGUUUUUCGUAAAAGUGCCAAGGAACUACGACGACCCAGGAAAGGGCAACUACUGGACGUUGGACAAGAACUGUAAGGAUGACAUCUACAUCGGCCCAAACACAGGCAAACUGAGAAAGAAACAGAAUCCGAAGCGCAGUAGCUACCCCACCUUCGGGUCUCCCAUGACACCGUCAGCUCCAGAAUACCCUCCAGCGUUUUUGGAUCAAAUCCAGAGGAAUUCACAAAACUUUUUGACCACCAUGCUACAGAAUAUGAACAGCAUGAACUCACCACCCCUGCCACAGCCCGUCUUUCCCAUGCCUACUAGUCUAUUCCAACAGAUGUCACCAUCGAGUAUCAACGCCUUCUCACCUCCUCAGUUCAACCCUAUGUUAAUACAGCUACAACUACAACAUCUACUAGCCAAAAACGCGGCCAAAACAGCGUGA